GACUUGGCAAGCUGGAGAGGCAACCAUAUCUGACUUUAUUAUUUACAGUUUUUCAACAUUUUUUUUGUCUCUCUAAGUUUCACCGUUUCUUUCUCUCUUCAUAUAUCAACAAUCUUUUCUUUCUCCCGACACCUACUAUCUAAAUUAAAUAAAUAUUUAUUUUUCCUAAAUUCUAAAAUUUGUUCAAGUUCAGUUUGUUUUUCACCGUUAAAUCUUUUGAUGAAAAUAACUUUAACUUCACAAUUCCUUUAAUAAUUCAGAAAUUCGAUUUUUGUUUACCAAUCUUUUCUCCACAUGUCAGGUCCUCUUGAUCGUUUCGCUCGUCCAUGUUUUGAAGGUUUCUCUGGUCAUCAUGACGAAAGAAGAGAGCGAAAAUCAGAUUUUGAGAAUUCAGAAGAUGAUCGGCGCACAAGAAUUGGAAGUUUAAAGAAGAAAGCGAUAAAUGCAUCAAGUAAAUUCAGGCAUUCUCUUAGGAAGAAAAGCAGGAGAAAGAAUGCGAGUCGGAGUAAUUCUGUUUCAAUCGAGGAUGUUCGAGAUGUUAAGGAGCUCCAAGCAGUGGAUGCAUUUAGACAUACACUUAUGUCUGAUAACUUGUUGCCACCAAGACAUGAUGACUAUCAUAUGUUGUUGAGAUUCUUGAAAGCAAGGAAAUUUGAUAUUGAGAAGGCAAAACACAUGUGGGCAAACAUGAUCCAAUGGAGGAAAGAGUAUGGUACUGAUACAAUUAUGGAGGAUUUUGAGUUCAGUGAAUUGGAUGAAGUCCUGCAAUACUAUCCACAUGGUUAUCAUGGGGUUGAUAAGGAAGGAAGACCUAUUUAUAUUGAGAGGCUAGGUAAAGUUGAUCCCAAUAAGCUUAUGCAAGUAACUACCAUGGACAGGUAUUUGAAAUACCAUGUACAGGGUUUUGAGAAAACAUUUGCUGUUAAGUUUCCUGCUUGUUCUGUUGCUGCAAAGAGACAUAUAGAUUCAAGUACAACCAUUUUAGAUGUUCAUGGUGUGGGUUUCAAAAACUUUACGAAGACUGCACGGGAACUCAUUACGCGUCUGCAGAAAAUUGACGGCGACUACUAUCCCGAAACGUUAUGCCAAAUGUUUAUAAUCAAUGCUGGUCCUGGUUUCAAGCUACUUUGGAACACAGUGAAAACAUUUCUUGAUCCCAAAACUUCAUCAAAGAUAAAUGUUCUUGGAAACAAGUUCCAGAAUAAGUUGCUUGAAAUUAUUGAUGUCAGUGAGCUGCCAGAGUUUCUUGGUGGUAUUUGUACUUGUAUAGAUCAAGGCGGUUGUAUGAGGUCUGAUAAAGGGCCAUGGCAAGAUCCAAACAUUUUAAAGAUGGUUCUCAGUGGUGAAAUACGAUGUUCUAGACAAAUAGUAACGGUUUCUAAUGAUGAGGGGAUAGUGAUUGAAUGUGAUAAGGCAUCUUAUCCAAUGGGGCAGAUAAGAAGUAGUGAUACAUCAACAGCAGAAUCAGGAUCUGAAGUUGAAGAUAUCACUUCCCCCAAAGCAAGUGGGAGUUAUACAAACCCUAGGUUGACUCCUGUCCAUGAAGAAGCAAGAUUGGCUGGUCUUUCUGCCGGUUUCUCUGAGUAUGAUGAGUAUGUUCCCAUGGUUGACAAGACUGUAGAUGUUGCAUGGAAGGAGAAACAAGUGACAAUCCAGAAUUCAUAUGGCACCACAGCUGCAGAAAAAUAUCUGUUGAGGACUGGAGGAUCCGAUGGAAACCAGGCAUAUAUCUGUGCUAUUAUCAUUGGCUUCUUUGUUGCUAUUUUUACUUUUGCCCGUUCAAUAGCAUUUCGUAUGACUAAGAGAAUAAAAGACAAUGAACCUGACUCUGUCCAAAACAGGCCUAACACGAUUGUUAGGGCCGCUUCAACAACCAAGGAGGAAUGUCGUCCCCCAUCACCUGCUCCCAGAAUGACAAAGGCAGAAAUCACCUCAUCUGCUUUGAAACGCCUUGGUGAGCUUGAAGAGAAGGUUGAAAUGCUGCAGUCAAAACCUAAUGUAAUGCCAUCUGAGAAAGAGGAGCUCCUGAAUGCUGCUGUCUAUCGCGUGGAUGCAUUGGAAGCUGAGUUGAUCACUACAAAGAAGGCUUUAUACGAAGCUUUGAUUAGGCAAGAAGAGCUUAUGGCAUACAUAGACUGUCAGGAAAGAAGAAAAUUUGAGAAAAAGAAGUUUUGCUGGUGGUGAAGAGAUAUCUGUACAGAACAAAGCUGUACAAAGUUUAAAAAAUCCAAAUGCUUGGUUUCUGUAUAAAGUUCUUGUGUGAUUGAAUUAUAUAUGUAUACGGCUACUUAUUAUCUUUCUUAAUUUUAAUAUUGUUGAGUUUGAGUGUUGAAUUGUAAAUUAUUGUGAGACAUUUUUCAAGUUCAAUCAAAGUUGUAAGUUGAAGUUUGAUUCACUUUAGUUUCAUUCCAUAUUACGCUUUCAAAUAUAUAUAUUGUUAUUUCCUUAA